UUAUUUUUCCAAAAACAUAACCUCUUUCUCUCUAACCUCAAACGACAAAAACUUAUGGGACUUUCCGGCAAGACCCACCACCAGUUCAACGUCGAACAUCACGAAACUUCCGAGAAAUGGGCCAUUCCUGGAAUCUCCUUACGUGAGCCGAUGAAGCCGAUUAGCCUCCCCUCAACUACCGUAGCCGACACGGAGGGUGACGUUCAUCAAGAUCAGUGGCCGACGACUCCAACGGCGCCUUCCUUUAGAAUACCGACGGUUUUCCCGUGUCCUCCGCCGCCAAAGAAACGAAAAGCAUCGUCGAAGUUUGGCUACAGCGGCGCUAGAGAAUUCUUCUCUCCACCGGAUCUCGAGACCGUCUUCAUACAUAAAGCUACAGCCCCUUGA